CUCGCUCCAAGACUUCGCACCACCCGAAACGCGCUCAAGAACAGCAGCCCAAGAAACGCGCCCCUCUUCUCCUCCUCGUCCCCGAUCCCCGUUGCCUCGCCUGCGCAUUUGCACCGCGAGGUCAAUCGCCCACCCCCCGGAUCCUGCGCCUCGCCCGCCGCCCGGCGCAGCUCGGCGUCGCCUCUUCGCGCUCCGCCUGAGGUGGUGAUCAUUCUUGUAUCAAGAAGUGUCUCUCUGCUCUGGCACUAACUGCACUGUGACCUGUGUAAGAAACCUUUUGUUCUCAUGGCUCAGUCUCAUGAGAUGAUGAUUAGGAAACCUCCCGGUAUUCGAUUAUUUGGGGGUGCUGUUUCUCUAGGAACUUACCAGACGCUUGUCCUGGUCCUUACAUUCUUUGCAUACACUUGCUUUCAUAUGACUCGGAAGAUAACAAGCAUUGUUAAGAGUGCGCUUGAUCCCCAGACGAAGGUGGGGUUCUCUCACUGGGGACGGCUUCACACACACGGAACUCUUAACAUUGGCUGGUUGCCAUUUAACACUGUCGAUGGUUCAGCAUUGCUUGGUGAGAUGGAUGUUGCAUUCCUUGCUGUAUAUUCUGUUGGAAUGUUCUUCGCUGGGCAUCUUGGUGAUCGCAUGGAUUUGAGGAUCUUUCUGACAAUUGGCAUGCUUGGGACCGCCAUAUUCACUACCCUCUUUGGUGCCGGAUAUUGGUUGAAUAUCCACAGCUUCUACUAUUUCUUGGUUAUUCAGAUGAUUUCUGGUCUGUUUCAAUCAAUCGGAUGGCCUUCAGUUGUUGCAGUUGUUGGAAACUGGUUUGGGAAGAGCAAGAGGGGGUUAAUUAUGGGCAUAUGGAAUGCACAUACUUCUAUUGGGAACAUAGCUGGUUCAUUGCUUGCUGCUUUCCUGCUGAAGUACGGGUGGGGUUGGUCAUUUGCCAUCCCCAGCCUUAUCAUGGCAUUGGUUGGGUUGAUUGUGUUUAGUUUCUUGCCAGUUAGUCCUGAUGUAAUGGAAAUAGACAUUGAUGGCGAGGAAAUAAACUCUGAGAAGGAUACUGCGAAGGAGCCACUUUUGGAACCAGGCCAAGAAGUGAAACAUAAGGCAAUAGGUUUCUUAGAGGCAUGGAGGAUUCCUGGAGUUGCACCAUUUGCUCUUUGCCUCUUCUUCUCCAAAUUGGUUGCGUACACCUUCCUGUAUUGGCUACCGUUCUACAUCAGCCAUACACCUAUUGGCAGUGAAUACCUCUCCGAUGCUAUGGCUGGCAGCUUAUCAACUAUCUUUGAUGUUGGUGGUGUGCUGGGAGGAGUCCUUGCCGGUCACAUCUCCGAUCGCUUAAAUGCACGAGCAGUCACAGCUGCUAGCUUCAUGUAUUGUGCAAUACCUGCCCUCUUCUUGUACAGCACAUAUGGAAGCGUGUCGAUAGUGUGGAACAUUUGCCUCAUGUUCGUCACUGGCAUGUUUGUGAAUGGUCCUUAUGCCCUGAUCACAACUGCAGUGUCAGCUGACCUUGGCACCCACAGCUCGCUGAAUGGCAACUCCCGGGCACUGGCCACCGUGACAGCAAUCAUUGAUGGGACAGGUUCUGUCGGCGCUGCCAUCGGGCCGUUGCUGACAGGAUACAUCUCAUCGAAGAGCUGGAGUGCUGUGUUCACAAUGUUGAUGGCAGCAGCUCUCCUUGCUGGGCUCCUAUUGACACAGCUUGUUUGCGCCGAGCUAAAAGGAAAGGUGUCCCCCAUUUCGAGCAUGGACGCCACCGGCGCACAAGAUACCUACUCAGAUGAAGUGUAAGUGCAAUCUGGUUGCACUUGAGAUAGUUUAAUGCACUAUGGAUUAUAGAAUUCUGUUGUUCCGGAGAACGGCUAGCAAGAAGUUGCAGUUUGCUGCUUCCCACCGCCUUUUCGAUUGCUCCUGAUCUGAACUGUAAGAAGGCAAAGAAAUGUGGCUGCUGAGUGACUUGCUCCAGGCAACUUCAGACAAUAUUUUCCUUCCAUCUAGGAAGAGAUGUAGAAGAUAGAAGUGUGUGCUCAGAUCAGGUUUACAAGAUAGAGGUGAAAACACCUCAAAAGUUCUAGAGCCCAAAUAUAGGUUCUUUGCAGGCACCUUGUGAAUACAAUGGGCAAUAAGGUCGGGCCUGUGUUGGUUGCAUUACUACAUGUUUAGGUUUGUUUGUGAUUGUUGUUUAGGUUAGGGUAGAUAAAAAGGGCCCUUUGUACCAAGAUGAUACCGGAAUGGCCGACUCUGCUUUUGCUGGGAAUGUUGGCCUCCUUGUGUACGUGUAAACGGUGUGUGAAGAAGAUUUAGAAAAUUUUGAAUUGAGGUUUCAGGGAAGUGUUGAUUCAAGAAACAUUGGUGUUCAUA